AUGAGUCAUACAACAAACGACGUACAAGGAUGUUUGGCUUGGAUGAAAGGCAUCUUCUCGAAGGAAGCCGGCAUCCCACUCCCCUCCAAAGACCCCUUCUACUCGGAACGACCGCAUAUUUUUACCUCUUUACCCGCCGGCGCCAUCCUACGCUCACGUCAAAUCUCGGUAAUCUACUUCCCCGGCUUCGACGAGCCACCACUUCAAGCCUGGCAAGUAGCCUACAAAACAACGGCCCAGAACGGUGUCACACCUCAAGUCACCGUCCUUACCAUUCUUCGGCCGUCGACGGCUCAACCAGACUCGGAGGGCAAGUAUCGGAUCCUAGCUUACGGCGCCAAGUGUGACUCUGCCGGAAGGAACUUUCGCACUAGCUACGCCCUCCGUGCAGGCAACGACUACACCCUUGGUGCGGCCUCGGAGCAGAUCUUCAUCGCCCCUUGUCUCGAUCGAGGCUGGAUCGUCGUUGUUUCUGACUACGAAAGCGAGACAUGUGCUUUUGGUGCAGGCCCUCAAUCCGCCUAUGCCUUCUUGGACUCGAUUCGCGCUGCUCUUGCGUUCGAGCCCAUGGGAGUGCCCAAAAGCGAGGAAGGGGACUACGAAGCAAAGGUGGCGAUGUGGGGUUACUCCGGAGGAGCCCUCGCGGUCGGGUGGGCAGCUCAACAGCAGCCGACUUAUGCUCCUGACUUGACCAAGUACUUGGUGGGCGCGAGCAUGGGUGGCCUGCCAAGCGAUCUCAAGGCUUGCGCAGAGUUUACGAAUCAACAGAUGUCGGCGGGACUCAUCAUUGGGAUUAUGCAAGGCCUAGCUAAUGCUUAUCCUCAACUCCAAACAUGGCUGGACAAGAAUGCGAACAAGCUAGGAAAAGCUGCGCUCCUGAUGGCUUUGACAAAGAGCUUCGGGACGAUUAUGAAGGAGUUGCGGGGCAUCAAUAUACUUGGGACGUACUUUGACGUUCCUGAGCCACUGGAGGUGGAACUGAUUUCUAGUAUAAUGCAAGAAAACAAGCUAGGUAGAAAAGGUCAGUUCCCAACGACGCCAUGCCAAGUCUAUCAGUCGCUGCAUGACCAAGUGGUGCCGUACAAGACGACGGAUGAUUUGAUGGUCGUGUGGAGCGCUCGAGGCGCUCGCAUCGACUAUGUGCGAGACCAGCUAUCGAAUCAUGUCGUGUUGUGCUUCACGGGUACACCGUUGGCGAUACGUUGGAUGCAAGCGAGAUUCGAAGGGGAGCCGACGAUUGGACAACCAGGAAAACCUAGUAUCGAGACAGUGAUCACGAUCUUGAAUACCAAUGAUGCCUCGUCGACACUGGGCGAGCAGAGGAAGAAGGAGAUGUACAACUUGCUGGCGAAGCAGUAUAUUAAAUCUGGUCUCAAUUGGUGGACCUAA